UCGUGUUUCGAUGAAAAUACUCGAUUCUUUGUUUCUUUGAAAAGAUAAAAGGUUAUUUUGCAAAUAACUCGUAUAUUGUUAUUAGUUUACAAAGGCAUAUAUAAUACCGUCUUCUCGUUCCAAUUCUGCAUCCAAUCAAACAAACCUCUUAAACUCACUCACAUACACCAAUCAACGCAUGGAUACAAUAACAUCAACAACAAUGUAUAAAACCUCCUUUCACGAUCAUCCUCUUUUCCCUUCACCUCGGUUUGUUAUGGAUUAUUGCGAGGGAUGCAUAACAGAAGGAACCAUUUAUGGUGGCUACUAUUGCAAUGAUCCUAAUUGUACCGCUUGGUUCUUCCAUAAGAAGUGCGCUGAAGCCCCAUUGCAAAUCAACCACCCUUCUCACCCCCAACAUCUUCUCCUACUCACAAAGCAAUUGGGAGAUGGUGUAUGUGAAUUGUGUGGAGAAACUAUACUCGCUCCAUUUUAUAGUUGUUCCACUUGUGAAUUCAAGGUGGAUUUGACUUGUGGGAUGAAACCACCACCAUCUGCUAUCGAACAUCCGCUAUGUCAUGACCAUCCACUUGUUUUAUUGAAGAAAGGAGAAGAAGAUUUCCCUUGUGAGGUAUGCAAGGAAAUUAUUUAUGGACCAUUAUCAUAUUUAUGUCAUGAAUGCAAUCUCUACUUCCAUUUGGACUGCGUCAAUCUUUCAGAAGAGGUAAAUCAUCCUUGUCACUCUAAUCAUCCUAUAAAACUUUUUGCAUCUGAAAAUCUUAUGGAUGAUGCCGAAAAGAUUUGUUUUUCGUGUGAAAAACAAUCAGAAAAAAUGCUUUAUCAUUGUCCCACUUGCAACUUCAGCAUAUGCCUUGUUUGUACUAGAAACCCACCACCUCUUGUAAUUGACCAUGCAAGGACCCACGUGCAUCCACUUACUCUUCUUUCGAGAACAAUGUCAUUUACUUGUGAUGUUUGUGGGGAAGAUGGAAAAGGGGGGCCUUAUGUAUGUCUUCAGUGUGCUUUUCUCACCCAUGGAGAGUGUAUCGACUUACCUCGUAUUAUCAGCAUCAAUCGCCAUGAGCAUCGCAUUUCUUUCACUCCUCAUCUUGGUGCUGGAUACUCGAAAUGUGGAGUUUGUCGCAAAAGUUUAAAUCAGUACCAUGGAGCUUAUUCUUGCUCUGUUUGUCAAAAAUAUGCAACUCAUUGUAGAUGUGCGCUAAGGAAUGACUUAUGGGAUCAUGUAGACUUGGAAGGUAUCCCAAAUCAUGAUGCCGAAUAUAUUGCACCAUUCAAAAAGGUGGGUGAUGACUUGAUAAUUCAUUUUAGUCAUGAAAAACAUCCUUUAAAAUUCUACAAGAAGAACAAGAUCCUUUAUGAUAAGUGGCUACAAUGUGAAGCAUGUAUGUAUCCACUUGUAUUUGAAUCCAUCUAUGUUUGUGAGGAAUGUAGUUUUUUUCUCCAUGAUAAAUGUGCGAAUCUCCUUAGGAAGAAAAAACUUGUCUUUUUUCCCCCACCACAGUCGUUGGAAGUUACUAAAGAAGUUGUAACCGCAUGUGAAGAGUGUGGAGUAUUAUUUGUUGGUUUCAAUUACACAUUUGAUGGUGAUUGGAGAGUAGAUGUACAUUGUGGUUCUCUCUGUGAGCCGUUUAUCCAUGAUGGCCAUUUACAUCCCCUAUAUUUUUAUGAAAGAUGGGGUUCAAGUUGUGUUGCAUGUGAGGUCAUUGCACCUGUCAGCUAUAUGCUGGGUUGUGAUGCUUGUGGCUUUUAUUUAUGUUUGUAUUGUGCUAGUUUGCCUACAAAGAUGUGGCACAAGAACGAUGAUCACCCUAUCACUUUACAUUGCGGUGUAAAGCUGAGCGAAAAAAGUCGUUGCGAAAUUUGUGAGAGGGAGUUAGAUCAAAGUAACAGGUUCUUCUAUACAUGCUUUGAUUGCGGAGUCACAUUUCAUACACGGUGUGUACUUGGAGAUUUCUCACGCCUCAAGCCAGAAAAGCUCAUUUUCUAUAAAGAAAAAAGAUUUGAGGUGGUUCGUAAUAAUAAAAGCACUAGGCCAUUAUGCAGCCAAUGUCACUCUAGAUGCAAGGUCUCCGUCGUCCUAAAGGCUUGCGAUGGGGAUAAUGGAUACAUCUGUUCCCGUUCAUGUUUAACUAACUAUUUGGGUUAAAUGUGUGUGUGUGAAAACUGUAAAAAUUUGUAAUUAUGUUUCAUGAUUGUGUUAUUGCUAUUUGCUUUCACUAUCUAAUUUGACAAAUCUUAUUUACAAAGUA